AUGAAUAGACAUGUAUGUAGUGAGAGAGUAGAGUAUGAAAAAUUGCAUGCAAGGUAUGGAUAUGGCGAGAAGAAUGAGGCUGGAAAAAAAGCUUUGGAUUAUGCAUCAGCGUAUGAGCUUGCAAUAAUCAACAGUUAUUCUAGGACACGAGAAGAGCAUUAUAUAACAUAUAAGAGAGCAGCCUUAACAUUAGUUAAGGAAUUUAAUAAGUAUAGGUUAGAGAUUUUAGCUAUACAAGAAAUAAGGUGGAGCGGACAAGGCUCUACAGAAAUAGGGAACACGAUAAUUUUCUUCGGUCAAUGUGACAAUCGCAGGCAAGGAGGCACCGGCUUUAUUGUUAAAAAGAAAAUAACAUCCGCAAUUAAAGAUUUAAAAGUAGUGAAUUCCAGACUAACUAUCCUCAUAGUGGAGGGAAAAUUCUUCAACAUUGCAUUUGUCAAUGCACACCCACCAUCUGAAGAUAAAAGCGAUGAGGAAAAGGAGGAAUUUUAUUCACUGUUGGAAUCCACGUUAGAGGGAAUACCCAGACAUUGCAUUAUAAUCUUAUUAGGGGAUUUUAACGCAAAGAUUGGUAAAGAAGAGUGCUUCAAAACAACUACCGGAUCGAAUAGUUUACAUCAGCUAUCAAAUAACAAUGGAUUCAGACUAAUCGAAUUAGCUACAGAAAGGGGCUUAAAAAUAUAA